AUGGCUGACACGUUCCCAAAGAUGAGGGCAUGCAUCAGAGCUGCAGAAGAACCCACAGACUCAGACCUCCUCACUCCCUCAGGUCCACAGACUCAGACCUCCUCACUCCCUCAGACCCACAGACUCAGACCUCCUCACUCCCUCAGACCCACAGACUCAGACCUCCUCACUCCCUCAGGUCCACAGACUCAGACCUCCUCACUCCCUCAGGUCCACAGACUCAGACCUCCUCACUCCCUCAGGUCCACAGACUCAGACCUCCUCACUCCCUCAGACCCACAGACUCAGACCUCCUCACUCCCUCAGACCCACAAACUCAGACCUCCUCACUCCCUCAGGUCUACAGACUCAGACCUCCUCACUCCCUCAGGUCCACAGACUCAGACCUCCUCACUCCCUCAGGUCCACAGACUCAGACCUCCUCACUCCCUCAGGUCCACAGACUCAGACCUCCUCACUCCCUCAGGUCCACAGACUCAGACCUCCUCCCUCCCUCAGGUCCACAGACUCAGACCUCCUCACUCCCUCAGGUCCACAGACUCAGACCUCCUCACUCCCUCAGGUCCACAGACUCAGACCUCCUCCCUCCCUCAGGUCCACAGACUCAGAUCUCCUCACUCCUUCAGGUCCACAGACUCAGACCUCCUCCCUCCCUCAGGUCUACAGACUCAGACCUCCUCACUCCCUCAGGUCCACAGACUCAGACCUCCUCACUCCCUCAGGUCCACAGACUCAGACCUCCUCCCUCCCUCAGACCCACAGACUCAGACCUCCUCCCUCCCUCAGGUCCACAGACUCAGACCUCCUCACUCCUUCAGGUCCACAGACUCAGACCUCCUCACUCCCUCAGGUCCACAGACUCAGACCUCCUCACUCCCUCAGAUCCACAGACUCAGACCUCCUCCCUCCCUCAGACCCACAGACUCAGACCUCCUCACUUCCUCAGACCCACAGACUCAGACCUCCUCACUCCCUCAGGUCUACAGACUCAGACCUCCUCCCUCCCUCAGACCCACAGACUCAGACCUCCUCACUUCCUCAGGUCCACAGACUCAGACCUCCUCACUCCCUCAGGUCCACAGACUCAGACCUCCUCCCUCCCUCAGGUCUACAGACUCAGACCUCCUCACUCCCUCAGGUCCACAGACUCAGACCUCCUCCCUCCCUCAGGUCUACAGACUCAGACCUCCUCACUCCCUCAGGUCCACAGACUCAGACCUCCUCACUUCCUCAGACCCACAGACUCAGACCUCCUCACUCCCUCAGGUCCACAGACUCAGACCUCCUCCCUCCCUCAGACCCACAGACUCAGACCUCCUCCCUCCCUCAGGUCCACAGACUCAGACCUCCUCACUCCUUCAGGUCCACAGACUCAGACCUCCUCACUCCCUCAGGUCCACAGACUCAGACCUCCUCACUCCCUCAGAUCCACAGACUCAGACCUCCUCCCUCCCUCAGACCCACAGACUCAGACCUCCUCACUUCCUCAGACCCACAGACUCAGACCUCCUCACUCCCUCAGGUCUACAGACUCAGACCUCCUCCCUCCCUCAGACCCACAGACUCAGACCUCCUCACUUCCUCAGGUCCACAGACUCAGACCUCCUCACUCCCUCAGGUCCACAGACUCAGACCUCCUCCCUCCCUCAGGUCUACAGACUCAGACCUCCUCACUCCCUCAGGUCCACAGACUCAGACCUCCUCCCUCCCUCAGGUCUACAGACUCAGACCUCCUCACUCCCUCAGGUCCACAGACUCAGACCUCCUCACUUCCUCAGACCCACAGACUCAGACCUCCUCACUCCCUCAGGUCUACAGACUCAGACCUCCUCCCUCCCUCAGACCCACAGACUCAGACCUCCUCACUACCUCAGGUCCACAGACUCAGACCUCCUCACUCCCUCAGGUCCACAGACUCAGACCUCCUCCCUCCCUCAGGUCUACAGACUCAGACCUCCUCACUCCCUCAGGUCUACAGACUCAGACCUCCUCACUCCCCCAGACCCACAGACUCAGACCUCCUCACUCCCUCAGGUCCACAGACUCAGACCUCCUCACUCCCUCAGGUCUACAGACUCAGACCUCCUCACUCCCUCAGGUCCACAGACUCAGACCUCCUCACUACCUCAUUGGCGGCACGGUGGCUGA